GUACUAGUGGUAGAUAUUUUUCUGAAGGUGGUUUUCUGUUUGUCUUGCACUCUUCAUGUUGGUCAGCCAUUGUGCUUGUGGAAGUCUUGGUAAGAGUAGGGCCCCUCACACCUUUUUGGUCGUUAGGCAGAAAAUGUUUGGACUGUGACGGUUUCAGCCUGCUGCUCGACAAAGUUUGUGAUGAGCCUGGAGAUGGGCUCAAGGGAGGAUUUAGGGGAGUCCAGUCUGUGGUUUGUGUGCUGUUUUGGGAGUUGGAGGUGGAGAAAAUAAGCAGCCGGGUACUGUACGUGCCUCCAGAAAUGUCCUGCAGUUCGGGGUCCUGACGAGCCCUGUGAUCCUCGAAGGACACGGAAGUUCUCCGAGAGCAGGCCAUUUGUCUUGCUGUCUGGCGUUGAGGAGGCCGGACAGCCCCUGAUGUGGCUCCCAGCACACUGACCACAGCGUGAUCGACUCCUGACGAGCCAUGGCUGUUGUCUACCAGACCUUUGAUGGCGCUGAAGAAGGUAGAAAAAAGCUGGCCGGAGCUGCAAGAAAGCGUGACGCGGAUUCGGCAGAAACUCAGCACAGUGGCCAGCACAGGUGAGAGCAGUUUCGUCUCUGCGUCCCCAUCUGCCAACCAGAAAGACAGAAGGAAACACCGCACCUCCACAUACCUGCCCAGCCUGAAAGACCAGAGGAGGAAAGUGAGAAGCCGAGAUCCUCAUCAUCCUGGAGAUGGCAGGAGCAAACACGAAGCUGCAGCUGCACGUGUCGCUGAGAGACCCAGCCCAGAGCACGCACAGAGUGAAACAGAGAAGCGACUGGGAGGCUUGGCACAAUCCACUCUGCGGCAGCGAGCACAGCGGGAAAGGCAGGAUCACGCUGCAGCCUUGCAUUUCAUGGAGAAUAAGGCCUUUGCCCAGCAGUUCGUGAAUUCCCUCAUCCGAGAGCUGCUGUGUGAUGAGCUGAUCCCAGACCUGCUGAUUGAGGUGUUUUCAAGGGAAUCUGUACAGGGCUUUUCUGUGAAACACGCUGCUAAAGACACUGCAAAGAGAAGCAGACAUAUAGGACGGCAAGGCUCUUCAUGUCCUUCGAGGUCCAGGGGCAGUGCGACUGCAGUGGAAAGCCUGAUGCCGCUGUCCGGUUGGGUGCUCGAUGAGCUUCUGCAGGAAGUGCUGCACGACGUGUCCGCAGAAGUGAUCCGGACCUCAGUGAAGGACUUGGUGGACACUCACCUGGCCCAGGCAGCUGUCCACCACUGCGCCUCGGACGUCCUGUCUGAGACGCUGGCUCUCCUCCUCCUGGAAGUGGCGAGGGCGGCCCAGGAGGAGGCCCAGCUGGAGGCCGAGCUGCUCCCGGAGGUGGUGGCCCAGGAGGCCAGGGAGGUCGCCCUGUCGGUGCUGGCUGAACGCGACUCCGAGACCGCUGCCUGCCAGCUCGCCCAGGUCAGUCAUUAUGCAACCAAAAGGCUGCUGGACGUGUUCCUGAUGGGUCACUUGGUGGAGCUGGCGGCCAGCCAGGGACAGUGCUUUCUGGAAAAGGAACUGUCAGGGAGGCUCUUGGACAGCUGGAUGAUAGAGAUGUUCAUCCACCAGUUCUUCAGAGUCCAGAGGCUCCGAGAGCAGACCCUGCAGAGCGCGCCUGUCCGGAGUCUCCACCGGCAGAUCGUUACUGAUGUGAUCCUGGAUGUGAUCCUGUCUGAGUUGACCGAGUCUAUGGAUGAGGACAUGGGAGACCUGCUGGAAUACGAGCAGCUAAUGGAGGAAGGGACUCCUCUCUGAAUGCUGGUCAGGAAACAGAACUUGGGGGUUAGAAUGCAGGAGGAAUUAGUACCUUUUUAUUUGCACCCAUAUUUAUUAUGAAAGGGAACACAUAGCAUGAACAUAGCAAUUUCAUCACCUAUCAAUUAUCCUAGGGCAGGAAAUGAUAGAGAUAAUUCUUUAGUAAAAAAAUAGAAAAAGGAUUUAUCUGAGCUGUAGGUCUGAGGUUUUGACUUCUAAGUUGCCUGUUUAUGUUGUUCAAUGUUGUUAUUGAAAACUGGUAGGAAAGGAUAGGAACCUCUUUUAUUAAAGCAUUUCACCUGUAAGGAUUCUCACUGCAUAUUUGCAGUAACUUUAUGGGACGGUAUGUUGUACAGUGUGUAACAGAAACAAAUAAAAUUUUAAGUAAA